CCCCACUAUCGGGAAAACUCUCUAUUGGCCUAUCUCUUCCCGUCUAUCAUCUCCCACAUUUUCUCUCUACCUCUCUCUGUGUCCAAACAAAAAGUCCACCACACCAUCUUCCGACGAAUUUUUUACACCAAAAUCACCAUACUUGUGACCGUCUCACUCCCGCGAACCCAGUUAUGGGUUUUGUUUGAUGAAAAACCGAAGAAAAAGGAGAUUCUGGAGCUUCAAAACGGACCAACAUCAUCCCGGCGAAUUUCCCGCCGAUUCCGGCCAAGAACAUGAUGCUAACAAGCCACUGAAGCCAGACAGACGCACGAACCAAACCCAACGGCGCCAAUUGCAAUACAUCUACGUUCAACUUUCAAUUAACUUCAAUCAACUUUCUUGCUACCAUUCGUCAUUAAACUUAUUCAAAUUCUUCGACCAACUUUAUAAAGACUGCAGAGGUGGGCCGAGGAUCGUAGCUACAUAGCGCGAAUGAAUCUGGGUAAAGUUCCCAUUUUCACGUACAUGAUUUGACUCCAUUUGGUAAUAUUUUGAUCAGCCGUUGGAUCUUGAAUCACUCUCUUUAAGUAUCCAACUAUAUGAGUCUAUGUCCAAAUGUCCCAUUUCUCGAUCUCACCUAGAAAUCAAGUAAAAAUGAGUCCUUCAGAAAUAGCCAUCCUAAUCCUUGUCUUCCUUGCCUUCUUAUGGUCUCUCCUCCACAUCCUAAUCAACGCCUCCUCAAGGCAAAGCCAAAAACUGCCUCCAGGCCCUAGGGCUCUACCAAUCAUUGGCAAUCUUCAUAUGCUAGGCAACCUCCCACACCGCAGCCUCCAGAACCUAGCCAAAAAGUACGGACCCAUAAUGUCCAUGCGCCUAGGCAGCAAAACCACCAUAGUGGUCUCAUCCCCCAAAGCCGCCGAGCUAUUCCUUAAAACCCACGACACCAUUUUCGCUAGCCGCCCCCAAGUCCAAGCCUCCAAGUACAUGUCCUACGGCACAAAGGCCAUGGCCAUUUCUGAAUAUGGUUCAUAUUGGCGCCAUGUUCGAAAGCUCUGCACGCUUCAACUUCUUUCUCCUUCGAGAAUUGAGGCUUUUGCUCCGUUGAGAAGGGAGGAGGUAGGGUUGUUGGUGCAGUCCCUGAAGGUAGCCGCGGAGGCGGGCAAGGUGGUAGAUCUUAGUGAGAAGGUCGGUGAGCUUGUUGUGGGAAUCACGUACAAGAUGGUGUUGGGGAGAAAAAACAAUGAUAUGUUUGAUCUCAAGGGGAUUAUAGAGGAGACAAUGUUCUUGACAGGAGCUUUCAACAUCAGUGAUUAUGUGCCUUUCCUUAUUCCACUUGAUCUUCAGGGCUUGACCAAGCGCAUGAAGAGAAUUAGCAAGACUGUCGACCAACUAUUCGAAAGGAUAAUUCAGGAACAUGAGCAAGUUUCUAGAAGUGAGCAAGUACAUGGCAAUCAUCAUAAGGACUUUGUAGACGUGCUGCUUUCAUUAAUCCACCAACCAUUAAACCCCAACGAUAAGGAAGUAUACAUGUUCGAACGAACAAAUGCCAAAGCCAUUUUACUCGACAUGAUUUCUGGUUCCUUUGACACUUCAGCCACGGCAAUCGUCUGGACCCUGGCCGAACUCUUGAGGCACCCGAAAGUUAUGAAACGUCUCCAAAAAGAGCUCCAGAGUGUGGUCGGGAUGGAUCGAAUGGUUGAAGAAAGUGAUUUACCAAAGCUGGAUUACUUGAGCAUGGUGGUCAAGGAGAGCUUAAGGCUACACCCAGUUGGACCAUUACUUAUCCCUCAUCAAUCCAUGGAAGACGUUAUAGUUGAUGGAUAUCACAUACCCAAGAAAUCAGUAGUCUUUAUCAAUAUUUGGACCAUUGGGAGAGAUCCAAAUGUAUGGUCAGAUAGUGUGGAAGAAUUCUACCCUGAAAGGUUCAUGAAUAGUAACGUUGACCUGCAGGGACAUGACUUCCAGCUCAUACCAUUUGGGUCUGGUCGAAGACGGUGCCCUGCUAUGCAGUUAGGGUUAACCACAGUUCGUCUAGCUUUGGGAAACUUGGUGCACCUUUUCAACUGGGAGCUCCCAACUGGCAUGCUACCUAAAGACUUGGACAUGACUGAGAAGUUCGGCUUAUCGAUGUCGAAAGCCAAACACUUGCUUGCUAUGCCGACGCACCGCCUAUAAAAUCGACCUUCAUAUAUUAUUAUACACACACACGGGGGGUGUGUCUAGGCAUAAAUAAACAGUAAUUAACUGUAUACUUUGGAUUUUAAUUUUUAGUCAAUAUGGAACUUUAUUAAGACAAGAAAAUGUUACAGAAACAAAAAUAUUACCCAAUAAUUUGGAUUGA